CAAAUUAUAAAAUUAAUUAAUACAUGAAUAAAUAAACUCAUAGAUUAAGCAAUUGGAUCGGCAGUCCCCACCCCACCCAAAACCUCACUCAUUCCGUGAUUUGAUAAGAAGAAAAUUUGGUAUGAAGAUCACAAUCAGAACAACUAUAUCUGCUAGCUGGAUAUAACGCAUAGUAUAUAAAUAAACACUUCCCUUGUUGCAGAUCUUACGGCUUCAACGAAGGAACCUUCCAUUUCUCUUCAAGAAAUCGAUUUCCAGAAAAGGUAGAUUUAAAAUUGGUAAAAAUGGAGGAUAGAGGAGAAUCGUUCGUGGCAGUGAGGAGGAUAUCCCAAGGAUUUGAAAGAGGGAAUAGUACUUGCCAUUCAUCUUCUGAGGUCAUGGCAGGAUCAACAGCAUGGCUUGGCAGAGGCCUUUCAUGCGUUUGUGCCCAGGGAACCGAUAUUGAUACGCGUCCAUCAUUUGAUGUGACACCAGCUCAGGAGGAAUGCUUGCAAAAACUACAAAACCGUAUAGAUGUUGCAUAUGAUGGUUCAAUUCCUGAACAUCAGGAAGCUUUAAGAGCACUGUGGAAAGCUGCCUUCCCUGUGGAGGAACUCCAUGGUUUAAUAUCUGAGCAAUGGAAGGAUAUGGGUUGGCAAGGGAAGGAUCCAUCUACUGACUUUAGGGGUGCUGGAUUCAUAUCACUGGAGAACUUGUUAUAUUUUGCGAGAAAUUUCCCGAAAUCAUUCCAGGAUCUUCUUCAAAAGCAGGAAGGUGAUAGGGCAUUAUGGGAAUACCCAUUUGCUGUUGCUGGUGUCAACAUCACAUUUAUGUUAAUCCAGAUACUUGAUAUAGAAGCUAUAAAACCAAGAAAUCUGGUGGGAGCAACUUUUUUGAAGUUUCUUGCAGAAAACGAAUCAGCAUUUGAUCUGCUAUAUUGUAUCACAUUUAAGCUGAUGGAUCAUCAGUGGCUCGCCAUGCACGCGUCAUAUAUGGACUUCAAUACAGUUAUGAAGUCCACUCGUCGACAAAUUGAAAGGGAACUUUUGGAAGAAAACAUAAAACGGUUGGAGGAUUUGCCCUCAUACAGACUUCUUAAUUGAUAGGCAUGACAUUUUAUAAUGUUUUUGUUGUGAGCAAAAGGGAAGUAGUGAUUUUCUUGCCUGUUGUGAGUUUUGUUAGAAUUAGAUGCAUUUUGAUGGUAGGUGGUUGUGUGUUUGUCUUUGUUAGAGGCGGAGAAAGUAAAUAACAGGCUUCUCCAGUGAUUCUGCCACAGUUGGUGCUGGCUUGUGGAGUCGGCAACAUCUUCAUUUUGGAGAAAAAAACUCCUAUUGUUCUCUUUCGUAAAUGACAAGAAGACAACCCAUCAUUUUAUUUUCCAAAAUAGAAAUCAAACAAAACAAUGACGAAUAGUAUUCGAUGGAGGGUUGGUAGGAUUCUUCAGCAAAUAGCCAAGAGACGCAUAACUUAAGUGCGCUACUAAACUCAAUUAUGCAAUAUUCCUUCUAUGCAAUAUUCCUUCCUAAAUUCAUUCA